AGCCAGAAGACGGUAGAGUACAUAUGGAAAACUAGAAAUGACAAGUUGUUUAAAGGUAUAAAUAGAGAUCCACUGGAACUAGUCAGGUAUGCAGAAAGUGAGUGUCAAGCUUGGUACAACACAAGAGACACUGAACCGGUUCGCCACAGGUACAAACUACUAAAGGAACACAAGCUUUAAGCUUGGGUGAUAUUUGUAUGGUGGAUGGUUCAUGGACCUCUACAGCUCAAUUCAGUGGACUGGGAUGGGUUUGGAAGAAUACAAUGGGGAAGAUACAACUCAUGGGAUCAAGGAACUUGCAGAGGAGGGAGACAGCGCUACACUCGGAACUGGAAGCGCUACAGUGGGCGAUGGAUAGCAUGAUACAACAUUCGUCCUGCUAGAGAUUUGGGACAGACUGCAAAGACUUGAUUGCAAUGCUAGAACAGCCACAAGAUUGGCCCAACUUCUCAACAGAGCUGGAAAUCAUUCAAACUUUUCGGUUGAGUUUUUCGGACUUCAAGAUCAGCUACUUCCCAAGGAUGCAGAAUGAGAUUGCGGAUUCGCUAGGUAAGAAUGCACGCUCUUUUCAUAGAUCGUUAUGUUUUAUUGGUUGUUCUAUUUCGAUCUGGCUCCCCAGACCAUCUCAAGUUUGAGUAAUAAAAUAGCUAUUUGCCGUAAAAAAAAAAAAAUAGUCUUCUCAAGUUGUCUACAUAAGUACGGCAUUCAGAAGCAUGUUAUAAAACGACCCGUCCCAGACCAAAUUAAAAAGAUGUUGACCAGACCAAACAAAAUAUAAGAACUAUUUACUGGGAGUAUUUUAAAAAGUUUUUAACAAUAGAAAAAAAGGAAAAAUAGUAAAUAGAAGGAAAAUAAUCUAUAACUAUAAAUAUUUAAUUUUUCAAAAAGUAAGUUUAUGAUUAAUUAAUAAAAUAAUAUUAAGAUAUUAUAUUUUAUUAGUGGAAAAUUUUUGUGCAUCUCGUGCACACGGGUCCCACCAUAGAACCAAAAAUUUAAAAAGACACAAGAACAAUACAUGCACGUACCAAAUAUUCAACCGAAGAAAAAGGAGCAAGGCCCGCGAGCUUUAGCACUGGAUCGGAUUUGUUUUUCCUUCUCGAUCAUAUCGAAAAGAAGAUAGAUAACCAGAUGAUAGUAUUUACCUUUCUUUUCAAUUCAAACUCAGACUUAUUUCCGACAAAUCUUUAUCUGUAAUUCAUCUCCCAUCGCAAACAUCCAAUUCCCCGACGACAAACAUCAUGCAGGCUGAUAGGAGAGACAGGUGUACUCAUGUUCUCUUCUUAGCAUAUCAGAGUUUUGGGCUAGCAUUUGGAGAUUUGAGUAUCUCCCCUCUCUAUGUGUAUAAAUGUGCUUUCUAUGGAGGAUUGCGUCAUUACGAAACAGAAGAUACGAUGUUUGGAGCGUUUUCUUUAAUAUUUUGGACCAUAACUCUCCUCUCACUUAUCAAAUACAUGGUUUUUGUUUUAAGAGCAGACGACAAUGGUGAAGGAGGGAUUUUUGCGUUGUAUGCUUUGCUGUGCAGACACACGAGGUUUUCUUUGCUUCUGAAUCAGCAAGCUGCUGAUGAGGAGAUAUCUACUUACUAUGGCCCUGGAGAUGCAAACAGAAGUUUACCUUCUUCUGAUUUCAAAAGGCUUAUAGAACAUAAUAAAAGAUCUAAAACAGCUUUGCUUCUCUUAGUCUUGGCUGGUACUUCAAUGGUCAUUACCAUUGGUGUCCUUACACCCGCAGUUUCGGUUUCUUCAUCCAUUGAUGGACUUGUGGCCAACACAAAUUUGAAGCACAGUAAGCAAUGUUGCAAGUUCUAUUUUGAUUUCCAGAUUUUUUUACUAUUUGUUUUUGCUUGUUCAGGUACCGUGGUUAUGAUAGCAUGCGCUCUGCUUGUUGGACUUUUUGUUUUACAGCACCGUGGAACAAACAAAGUCGCCUUCUUAUUUGCACCCAUCAUGAUUUUGUGGCUGUUUUCAAUUGCAACUGUUGGUCUGUACAAUAUUUUUAAAUGGAAUCCCAGCGUAUAUAAAGCUUUGUCUCCAUUCUAUAUCUAUAAGUUCUUUAGAGACACUGGUAAAGAAGGGUGGUUGUCUCUUGGAGGCAUUCUUUUAUGCAUCACAGGAACGGAAGCUAUCUUUGCUGAGCUUGGCCAAUUUUCAGCUAAAUCUGUAAGGUUUGCAUUCUGCUGUGUUGUUUACCCAUGUCUGGUGCUUCAGUACAUGGGUCAAGCUGCGUUCUUAUCAAAGAACUUUUCUGCUCUACCGACUAGCUUCUAUUCCUCCAUCCCAAAUCCAUUUUUCUGGCCGGUUCUAAUGAUGGCAAUGCUGGCUGCAAUGGUUGCUAGCCAAGCCGUCAUAUUUGCAACGUUCUCAAUUGUCAAACAAUGCUAUGCACUGGGAUGCUUCCCUCGUGUGAAGAUUGUUCACAAACCAAGAUGGGUCCUAGGCCAAAUCUAUAUUCCCGAGAUCAACUGGCUCCUCAUGGUCCUCACACUCACCGUCACCAUCGGUUUCCGAGACACUAGACACAUAGCUUUCGCUUUUGGACUUGCUUGCAUGAGUCUGGCGUUUGUGACGACCUGGCUGAUGCCUCUAAUCAUAAACUUUGUUUGGAAUCGUCAUCUCGUCUUCUCUAUUCUCUUCACCAUCCUAUUUGGGACCAUCGAACUCGUCUUUGUAGCAUCUUCUUGGACCAAGAUCCCACACGGGGGAUGGAUCACUAUCCUCCUUUCUCUACUCUUCACUUUCACCACAUAUGUCUGGCACUACGGAAACCGAAGAAAGUACCUAUACGACCAACACAACAAAGUCCCCAUGAAUACAAUCCUCACCCGUGGCCCGAGCCUAGGGAUCGUCAAAGUCCCUGGGAUAGGUCUAAUCUACACCGAGCUAGCAAGCGGUGUCCCAGCCACAUUCACUCACUUCCUCACCAACUUACCAGCGUUCUACCAAGUGGUUGUCUUUAUCUGCUCCAAAACCGUCCCUAUCCCUUACAUACCGCAGAAGGAACGAUACCUUAUAGGCCGCGUCGGUCCCAAAACGUACAGGAUGUACCGUUGCAUAAUCCGAACGGGAUACAAAGACGUGAACAAAGACGGAGACGACUUUGAAGACGAGCUCGUGGAUAGCAUUGCCGAGUUUAUCCAGCUGGAAUCCGAAGGCUCGGGAUCAAACAGAGACCGUUCUGCACAUGACGGUCGGCUUGCGGUUGUGAAAACCUCAAACAAGUUCGGAACAAGGCUGUCCCGGUCCAUAUCAGACGCUAACAUAGCGGGAAGCAGCAGCUCGAGGUCUCAGACGACUGUGAGUAAUAGCAAGUCGCCGGUGCUGAAGAGACUGAAAGCGGAGUACGAGCAAGAGCUUCCGAAGCUGAGCAUGAGGAGGAGAUUUCAGUUCAGACCGAUGGAUACAACGUUCAGACAGCCGCAAGUGAAGGAAGAGUUGUUUGAUUUGGUUGAGGCGAAAGAUGCUGAGGUGGCUUAUAUAGUCGGGCAUGGUCACGUGAAGGCGAAACGGAACUCAACGUAUGCAAAACAGUUGGUGAUAGAUGUGGCUUACUCCUUCUUGAGGAAGAACUGUCGUAGCCCUGCCGUGAUGUUGAAUAUUCCUCAUAUUUGCUUGAUUAAAGUAGGUAUGAAUUAUUAUUUGUAGUGUAGUGAGAAAGAGAGGAAAGAGUUCUGAUUUUAAUUGUGUUUUAAAAAAUUCUGUGGGAGUUUGUUUUUCUUAAUUUGGUUGAUAAAAGUAUUCUGUGACAAACUGACGAUCAGAAUUGAGAAUAUCACUUGUUUUCUGUUAUUAGUUAAUUUCUAGUACUCAGAGCACCAUUAUCCCAAAGAUUUCUUUAGAGCACAUUCAAUGGGAGUUCUACCCAUUGGAAAUGUUCUUAGGGUCUCUUAUUUGUUUUUUUAAUAUUUUUAAAUAGUAAUUGUGAGAUUAGAGACUUAGUUAAGAGACCGGAAUAUUUAUAUCCUCCAAUGCAGGUAUCUUAAUUAAAGGUUCUUAAAAAGAAUAUUAAACAUUUUCUUUAUUAGAAGAUAAAAUUUAUUGAUUAAAUAAAAUAUAGGAGUGGAGUUCCCGGCCCGAGGGAACAAAAUGUCCUGGCAAGGAAAAAGAAAGACAUGAAUGGUUCGUUGCCGUCUGGAUCACGCACUAGCAAACGAGGAGUGACAUUCGUUAUUCCCAUGUUCUUAUACAAAAUAUUUGGGAAUGGUGAGUUCGGAUCACAGACCAGUAAUAGCUUUCCUGGAGGAUAAAGUUCCCAGACGAAUGGGACAAUUUCGGUUUGAUAAAAGAUGGAUUGGUCGAGAUGGGUUUAUGGAAUCUAUUGGUAGAGGCUGGGAGAAACAGAGUGGUGAGAAUUCAGAUGAUUUUGUUACAAAAAUCAGUAAUUGUUGUCACGAAACCUCUAAAUGGAGAAAAGAUAACCCACCAUACGGUAAAGAGAAGAUUGGUGAACUCCAGCAGGCCUUGGAAAAGGUACAAUCAGACAAUAAUAUGACUCAAGAAGAAAAAAUUGAGGUUUCUCGGAAAUUACAUGAAGCUUAUAAAGAUGAGGAAGGUUAUUGCCAACAAAAGAGUAGGAAUAUGUGAAAUACAGCCGGAGACCUUAAUACAAAAUUUUAUCAUGCACUGACGAAGCAGCUUCGAAUGAGAAAUAGGAUUGUUGGAUUAUAUGACGAAAAUGGGCAGUGGAUAACAGAGGAUGAUGGAGUAGAAAAGGUAGCAGUUGAUUAUUUUGACGAUCUAUUUGGUACUACUUCCCCUGCAGAUUUUGAUAGUUUUUAGAAGAGAUCCCUACUUCUAUCGAUGAACAGAUGAAUCAACAACUGAUAAAACUGGCGACAGAAGAGGAAGUGCGUCAUGCUCUUUUCCUGAUGCAUCCGGAAAAAGCCUCGAGUCCAGAUAGAAUGACAGUACUUUGUUACCAACAAUCUUGGCACAUUAUCAAGAAGGAUCUCCUGGAUAUGGUUAAUAAUUUUUUACUCACAGGAAAGCUAGACACAAGGUUAAAUAUUACAAAUAUUUGUUUGAUCCCGAAAACUGAGAGGCCUACAAGAAUGACGGAGAUGAGGCCGAUUAGUCUUUGUAAUAUGGGCUAUAAGAUCAUCUCAAAGGUUUUAUGUCGACGGUUAAAGGGCUGUCUUCCAAAGCCUAUUUCGGAAACACAAUCGGCUUUUGUCCCAGAGAGACUAAUAUCGAAUAAUAUUCUUAAUGCUCAGGAAAUGUUCCACGGGUUGAGGGCUAAUAAAUAUUGCCAUAACAAGUUUAUGGCUAUUAAUACAAACAUGAGCAAAGCGUAUGAUAGGUUGGAGUGGGCUUUUAUUCAAGCUUUACUUCAUAAAAUGGGAUUUGAUCCCCAGUGGAUUCAGCUGAUGAUGGAAUAUAUUUCCUCGGUGCAAUACAGAAUUCUGAUAAAAGGACAUCCACGAGGGAAUAUUUUUCCAGAGAGAGGUUUACGACAAGAGGAUCAUCUUUCUCCAUAUUUAUUUAUUAUGUGUACGGAGGCGCUAAUUGCGAAUAUAAAUAAGGCAGAGAGGCUGAAACAGUAAACAAGAAUGAAGGUUGCACGGGCUUGUCCAUCGGUAUCACAUUUGCUAUUUGCAGAUGAUAGUUUAUUUUUUUGUAAGGCAAAGAAGGAAGAAUGCGAAACAAUCCUCCGAAUACUGAAAGAAUAUAAGGCAGCAUCGGGUCAAAUGAUAAAUUUUCAAAAGUCUACAAUUCAAUUUGGCUUUAAGAUUGAGGAAACACUUCGACAGAAGCUUCGGGACAUAUACGGUAUUCAGAAUCUAGGAGGUAUGGGCUCAUAUCUAGGUCUGCCUGAAAGUUGGGUGGAUCAAAGAUUCAAGUGUUCGGUUUUGUGCAGGAACGUCUUCAGAAAAGAGUAAAUGGGUGGAAUUUUAACUUUUUCUCUAAAGGAGGAAAAGAAGUGGUUAUAAAAUCGGUGGUUACUGCUCUCCCAAAUCAUGUCAUGUCUUGUUAUCGAAUUCCAAAAGAAGUUAUUUCAAAAUUGACAAGUGCAAUGACACAAUUUUGGUGGAGCCCAUGGGGAAGUGUACGAGGCAUGCAUUGAAAAUCUUGGGACAAAAUUUGUAUUGAUAAAGAUGAAGGAGGUUUGGGAUUUAAAGAUCUAUCGGAUUUCAAUACUGCUAUGUUGGGGAAAUAAUUUUGGCGUUUUAUUGAGAAACCUAAAUCAUUACUUUCUCGUGUUUUCAAAGGACGGUAUUUCAGGAAUGCUUCACCCCUGGAACCAAUUCGUUCAUACUCUCCGUCCUAUGGAUGGCGCAGUGUAUCUGCAAGAUCUCUGGUUAGCAAAGGACUAAUCAAAAAGGUGGGAUCAGGAUCAUCCAUUUUAGUAUGGAAUGAUCCUUGGCUCCAAACCACUCACCCGAAACCAGCAAACAGUAAUCAACAAAAUCUCUACCCACAUCUCACAGUGGAUUCUCUCAUUAAUUCAACAUCACACACGUGGAAUUCCCAGGUUAUUUGGUCAUUGGUAGAACCAGAAGAUGCAAAGAUCAUGGAACAUAUUCCUUUAAGUAAGCAUCGUUUGGUUGAUCAAGAUGGAUGGCAUUUUACCAUUAAUGAAAAAUUUACGGUAAAAUCAAGAUAUCAGGUGGAACGAGUAUACCCAUUUAGAGAGAAAUCAUUGUCGUUCAUUGGACCAAUGGUUAACUCUUUAAAAGCAUACUCUUGGAAAAUACGCUGCCCACCAAAAAUGAAACAUUUUCUUUGGCAGUAAGUAUCAGGCUGUAUAUCAGCAAAGAAAAAUUGGCGGAGUAGGGGUAUGCAUGAUACCACUCAAAUUACCCUAAGGAGUGAUUUAUACUCUCUCAAAUAAGAGGUCGAGUUGUAGUACUUAGGGAUCGAAUUCACAGGGAGUUAAGGAACAUAAGAAAUCUAAUAUGAUUUGUUAAGCUAGAUGGUUUUAGAGAUUUAAAUGUAAAUUGCAGUUUUAUAUUGAACAAGUGUUUGUUCAAUUGAUUGGUUGAGGUUGUGGUGUUUAAAAAGGAAAUAGCUAGACAUAGGUUGAAAUCACCCCUAUUUCCAUAAGAAUUUCUGUUUCCACCUUGGUUUCCAGAACCUUGGAAUCCAGUUCCACCAAUGAAGUUUACUUCUUCUUAUUCCUCUGCUCUAUCCUCUGUGUCUACAGCUUCUGCAUUUUCAACCAAGCAGACCUGUUUCCUAAGAAGCUUGUGAACACUAUCCAGCUUUGCUUUCACCUCAUCCAUCUGAUCAUUCCCAAGGAUGGUGGCAGACUUUUUCCUCUCAAAAUCAGUGUUCUUGGUGCUGUUGCUAGAUGCUAGGUUUUCGAUGACCUUCACUACCUCUUCUGGAUUCCUUGUGUUGAAGUUCCCAUUGCUGGAAGCAUCAAGAGCCAACUGGUACUGCACCGCGAUGCCUCUGUAAAAAAGUAUUGAGCCGUUGUACUUCAUUGAAUCCAUGGUGUGGAUAGUCUCUCUGAUAAGACUUGAAUCUGAUCCAAGAGCCUCUGAAUGAUUCUGCAGGCCCCUGAGAGAAGGUAGCGAUCUUGCUCCUCAAGUCUUCAGCACAUGCUUCAUCAAAGAAAUUGCAUAAAAAUGCAUUCUUGAUGUCGCGCAAGGAUGUGAGAGAUCCUGGUGGUAGCUGCUUAAGCCAAUGCGAAGCUUCCAGCAAGAGAGAACUUGAAGAGCUUGCAUAUGAGACAAUCCUCAGGGACUCCCUUGACUUUAAUAGCAGAUAUCAGAUCCUCGAAUCUCUUCAGAUGAUCCAUAGGAUGCUCGUGAGACAAUCCAUGGUAGGGUAUUUAUCCCACGAGUGUGUAGUACUGUGCCUUCAACUCGAAAUCCCUCUAAAUAGUGGGAGGACGAAUGGCUGAUAUGUUGGUGUAGAACUGAUCUGGAGGUUGUAGUCAGCCAACGUCUUCGGUCGCGCAGCCUCAUCUACAUGUAGAGUAGUUCCUGUAGCAUUAGCAUCAGACUCAGGGAUUGCAGCCCCCUGAGCAUCUAUCCUCUGACCUGCUGCAUUACGCAGAUGACCCUCCUGGGCAUGCAGGUCACCAUUAUUAUCUCGUGCAAGUAUCAAAGUCGCAACCAUGUCUCGCGGUUCAGUAUCAAUCGAUGUAUGGGAUGAAGUAUCGAUCAAUGUCCGAUGGACGAUGUCGGUCGAUGGAAGAUGAGUGUCUUCGGCCGAUGGUGGUGAGCGAGUAUCGGUCGACGGGUCUAGUUUCUGGAUCGACGAUGGUUGAACGAAAUCGAGCGACGAACAGGUGUUGUUGUCGAUCGAUGAGGAGCGCGCUUCUUUGCGGAUUGAACGCUCCAAACUUGCAAAAUCUGGUGAGAAUAGUAGUUGGGUUUCUUUGUUGCUUCUAGUACUACUGGGCAUAUACCUAAAAAUCUAAGAAAAAAAUUUGUGUCAGAAACUUAAAAAAAAUUAGAUCGAAUAGGCGAUCAAAGCUCCCCGACAACGGCGCAAAAUUUGAUACCACUCAAAUUAAAGGAUUGAUUUAUACUCUCUCAAAGAAGAGGUCGAGUUGUAGUACUUAGGGAUCGAAUUCACAGGGAGCUAGGGAACCUUAGAAAUCUAAUAUGAUUUGUUAAGCUAGAUGGUUUUAGAGAUUUAAAUGUAAAUUGCAAUUUUAUAUUGAACAAGUGUUUGUUCAAUUGAUUGGCUGAGGUUUUGAUGCUUAAAAAGGAAAUAGCUAGGCUUAGAGUUUUUGUUCAGGAAACUUGAGAUUAUAAUCCAACAGAUGCCUAAUGAGUUGCAUGCAUGAUAAUGUAAAGCUCAACUACUUAGUCAACAAGUCUAUCAGCUUUCGCAUGUUUAGACUUGUCUAUUAACUAGAUCUUGAUCUCAACUAUCGUAUGUCGAUCAAUUAGAAAGUGUUGAUCGAUGAUCCUAUAGGGAUAUCGAUCGAUUCACCUUUCGCUCCGCCGAUCGAUUAUUCAAUAAUGAUAUCGAUCGACGUUUAAUCGUUAUGCGCGGGUUAAAUGAUAGCUUACUAAGCUUACUAGAUCAGCUCUCGCCUUACUCAUACCAAGAAACUUAGCUCAGUUAGAAUGUUUUUCAGGAUGAGAAUGAAGCUCUCGCUUUUAUCUAUCAAUCAUAGGGCAAGUUCUAGGUAGCUAAUCUAGAGACAUGCAUUAAUGAACAAUCCUAAUGACAAUUACCACAACUCAGCAAUCUAUAGUUGGGGCUAAUCCCUUCUAAUCUAUUUAAACCCUAAAAUCUAACAAUGGAACUUGUCAGACACGGCUAGGCAAUUCAUAACAACAGUUAGGUAAGAAAACUUUAUUAGAAUAGUAAAUAGAUAUUAAUGGAGUUCCAAUCACAAAUUAUAACUUUGGAUCUUCUCUCCAAUCUAUCAAAAGCGUAGAAAACCUUGCUGAGAAAAUAAUAAAACAAGAAAAGCACAUUUUGCCUUUAACAUGGUGGCAAAGCUUAUAUAAUUAGGUUAAAAAUCGUCAGGGGUAAUCUUGUAAAUUGGUCAAGACUUGGGCUUCAAGUCGGCUGGACCAAACGGGCUUUCUGCACGCUUCGCUGUCGAUUCAUGUCAAGAUAUGAACAUCGAUCGAUUAUUCAUCUUCAAUAUCGACCAAUGCUUGAUGGUCAUCUCGGGUGCUUGCUCCAAAUAUCUCCAAAAUGCUCCAAAAUCAUCACUAUCUCCAAAUCACUCCUGAUCUUAUAAAUAUAAUAAAUAGACUCUAUAAUAUAACAAUUAUUAGUAAAAACACCUAUAAACCAUGGAUGAAAAUGGGUCAAAUCCAUGGUCUAUCAAUGCACGGCGAUAUUCAAUGUGUAAGAUGUGGAUCUAGCGAGGAAUCGAUCAAUCAUGUGUUUUUUGAAUGUCCCCCGGCGGUUCAAGUGUGGGCUCUCUCUAAAGUUCCAUCGAAUCCACUUACCUUCCCUUCUCCGGCACUGUUCACAAAUUUAGAUUAUCUAUAUUGGAGGGCGUCCCCGUACAUGGAUGAUCAUCAGUUUGCUUGGAUUUUAUGGUAUAUUUGGAAGGGACGAAAUAAUAAAUUUUUUAGUAAUAUUGAUGUUGAUCCUCGCGACACUUUGAAACUAGCAGAGACUGACUCUCUACUAUGGGCAGAUGCUCAAGCCUUCGUCAAGGAUGGAGCACCCAAUGUGCAACAAAUGGAAGCAACAAAUUUACCUUUAAUACCGGGUCGUUGGUGUUUCACGGAUGGAUCAUGGAAAGCGCAAGAUUUGUUUUCGGGAUAGGGCUGGUAUAGCACUCUACCGGGUUUCGAGGGACUGAUGGGAGCUAGGAACACAAGAGCAAGUCUCUCGCCUCUACACUCGGAGAUGGAAACCCUCAUAUGAGAAAUGGAAAGCAUGAGGAACUUACGUCAAUAUCAUGUUACUUUUGCGACGGAUUGUAUCCAAUUGGUGAAGAUGAUUUCAUCACCAGAGGAUUGGCUGGCAUUUGCGAAUUAUUUGGACGACAUCAAGAUCCUUCAAGAAAGUUUUACUCACUCAGAGAUCAUUCAUAUCACCCGGAUGCUGAAUACAAAGGCGGACAGUCUGGCACAGAGUGCCAGGAAACAAACGUCUUUCGUUGUUCAUAUGGAUGCAGAGUUACUAGUUUGGUUUGCAAAGUCUUUAUAGAGUUUGUUUAAAAUGAUGUAAAAAAAACAUAGUAAAAGAUAACAUUUUAAACAUAGAUUUUUAACUAAAAACAUAAAAAUAAAGAUUAGUAAAAUAAACAAAAAUAAUUUGAAAGAAGCAUCCGAGCUCAGUUGUUGUCUUCAUCAAGUCCAAAUUUACGCCAUAUAUGUUCAACCAAAUCAUCUUUCAGUUGUUGAUGCAUUUGCCUAUCACUAAUUCUUGUUCGAACACCCAUCUCAUAUAGGCGAUAUUUGUAGG